CUCAAAAGCGAAAGCUGGUUGCGCGGAGAAUUCACAAUCAGCGGAUAUUCAAUUUUUUAACAAUAUUCAAACGAUAAAACCCAAAAUUUUCGAUUCAAAGUAUUCUUAGCGAAACGAAAUACAUAAUCCUUCUUAAUCAUGGUGCAAUUUCAAGGCAAUGCAGGCUUAACGGGUGAUCACAUUCAUAUGGUCACCUUGGAUAAGACUGGCAAGAAAUCCUUUGGCAUUUGCAUUGUACGCGGCGAGGUGAAGGACUCGCCGAAUACCAAAACCACCGGCAUAUUCAUCAAGGGCAUUGUACCCGAAAGUCCAGCUCAUCUGUGUGGCAAAUUAAAAGUUGGCGAUCGUAUCCUAUCGCUCAAUGGUAAGGAUGUGCGGCAUUCCACCGAACAGGCGGUGAUUGACCUUAUCAAGGAGGCGGAUUUCAAAAUUGAUUUGGAGAUACAAACAUUCGACAAGAGCGAUGACCAGCAACAACAGCAGCAUCAGCAACAACAACAGAAUAAGAAUGAUCCCAGAAGUAAUGGUUAUAUGCAGGCCAAGAAUAAAUUCAAUCAGGAACCCAUGGCCAGCAAUAACAACAUGAGCGGAUCUGGUGGCGGCGGAAUGGGCAUGAAUCGGCAGACAACAAUGCAAAAGAGGAAUACAACCUUCACGGCCUCGGCUCGAGCCAAACAUAUGUCACAUGCCGAUGAGGAUGAUGAGGAUACGCGUGAUAUGACCGGACGUAUACGCACGGAAGCAGGCAAUGAGAUUGAUCGAGCCUCCGCCGGCAAUUGCAAGUUAAAUAGGCAGGAGAAGGAUCGGGAUAAGGAGCAGGAGGAUGAAUUUGGCUAUACGAUGGCUAAAAUAAACAAGCGAUAUAACAUGAUGAAGGAUCUGCGUCGCAUAGAAAUCCAGCGGCCGGCAAACAAAUCCCUCGGCAUAGCCCUCGCUGGUCAUAAAGAUCGUCAGAAGAUGGCCUGUUUUGUGGCCGGUGUGGAUCCCAAUGGCCUGCUGGCCAGUGUCGAUGUGAAGCCCGGCGAUGAGAUAGUCGAAGUCAAUGGCAAUGUUCUCAAAAAUCGCUGCCAUCUCAAUGCCUCGGCCAUCUUUAAGAAUUUGGAUGGCGAGAAACUGGUGAUGAUUACAUCCCGGCGCAAACCCAACGAUGAAGGCAUGUGUGUGAAGCCCAUUAAGAAGUUUCCCACAUCCUCGGAUGAGACCAAAUUCCUUUUCGAUCAAUUCCCCAAAGCUCGCACUGUACAGGUGCGUAAGGAAGGUUUCUUGGGGAUAAUGAUCAUCUAUGGCAAACAUGCGGAAGUUGGCAAUGGAAUCUUCAUAUCCGAUUUGCGAGAAGGUUCCAAUGCAGAGGCGGCUGGCAUUAAAGUGGGUGACAUGGUGCUGGCAAUUAAUCAGGAUGUUACGCUAGAAUCCAACUACGAUGAUGCAUCUGGUUUACUUAAAAGAGCCGAAGGCGUUGUGACCAUGAUUUUGCUCACACUUAAGGACGAAGAGGUCAUUAAAAAAGAAAAGGAAGCGGAGGAAAAGAAAAGAGAAGAAGCCAAAAAAGAGGAAGAAAAGCCACAGGAACCAGCCACAGCCGAGAUAAAACCCAAUAAAAAGAUAUUAAUUGAGGUAAAGGUGGAAAAGAAACCGCUGGGCGUCAUAGUAACCGGCGGCAAGAACAACUAUGUCAAGACUGGUUGUGUCAUCACACACAUCUAUCCCGAAGGCGCCUUGGCCGCUGAUAAACGUUUGCAGAUAUUCGAUCACAUUUGCGAAGUAAAUGGAGUCCCAAUACAUUGCGAAAGUUUGACCACCCUCAAGGUGCAUCAGUUGUUCCAUGUAACAUAUGAGAAAACAGUCAAUUUCACCGUAUAUCGCGCAGAUCCGCCAGAAAUGGAGAAGUUCAAUGUGGAUUUCAUGAAGAAAAGCGGCAAGGAACUUGGCUUGUCCCUUUCGCCCAAUGAAAAGGGUUGCACUAUAUCCGAUGUAGUUUCCGGCCAGUAUCCAGAAAUUGAUCACAAAUUGCAACGCGGCGAUAUUAUAACCAAAUUUAAUGGCGAUUCCCUCGAGGGUCUGACCUUCCCUGUAUGCUAUGCAUUAUUCAAGGGAGCCAAUGGUAAAAUUUCUAUGGAGGUGACACGACCAAAGCCCACUCUACGCACUGAAGCACCCAAACCAUAAGUGUGGAAAAACUCGCGAAAAAUUUUUAAGUUUCAAUAAAGAACAAUUGAUGCAGAAAACACGUAUUGAAAAACAAA